AUGCUCGACCACCCCCGGCGGCCAUCGCUAAAGGUAUGGCGGCCGCAUCCUUUUUCUGGCGACUGGCGUUCGAUCUCUACAGCCGUCGAUCCAUCUCUACCGCAUCCCUUUCUGACGGUCGUCUCCCCCGGCGACAACAACCGGAGAAUUUCUAGAUGCACGACAGCGGUCGAGAGAGGUGGCACCGUGGAGGCCAUCGUCGAGGAACUUACCCUGCGGCCACCGGAAGACCUCACACUGUCCGGCGACCACCUUUCCGAUGACUUACUCUCCGCCGCCGACAUGAUGGCACUCGCCGUGACGGCCAAAGUGAAACUAGACUGGCUAGUGGCCGCGCCUGACCGGAGUGGCGUCAGGUCUGGUGGCCGUGAAUGUCAUCGUGGAGCUCGACGGGACCGUUUCAGCAGCGGAGAUGAUAACAGCGGCGACGGGACGGGCCGGGAAGACGGCGGCGGGGAACUGAAACUUCGACGAGGUUGA